UCUCCCUCCUGAGAAAGUGGCAAACUAGUAAAUUAUCGACUACAUGAGGGCAAUUGUAAAGCUCUGAUAUAUUUAGCUGACCAUUCCACACAAAUUCCUCCAUUUGUACACUCAUCCGCCCAUCUCAUAAUUACUCUAAUUUCCCAUUUUACCCCCUCACCGGCGCUUCUCCGGCUACAGCUGCUCCUCCUCCGGGGACAGAGAUCUGAUCGCUCCUCCUCCAGCGCCAACUUCUGAAUUUUUUUCCUUGAAGCGUCGCUCGUAUUGGUGAUAAUUGCCAGGUAGGAGGAGCUAAUAAGCGGAUUGAGAGUGGUUGUUGUGGUGCUGGACGGCGUCGUUUUGGUGGGAUUUGUAGGGUUUGGAGGUGGAAACGGUGUCGCUUUGGGGGGUGGUGGGUGGUCGGAAUGACGUCGGGGGCGAGGCUGCCGACAUGGAAGGAGAGGGAGAACAACAAGAGGAGAGAGCGGCGGAGGAGGGCCAUCGCGGCGAAGAUUUUCGCCGGACUGAGAAUGUACGGAAACUACAAGCUCCCCAAGCACUGCGACAACAACGAAGUCCUCAAAGCCCUUUGCAACGAGGCCGGAUGGACCGUCGAGCCCGACGGCACCACCUACCGGAAGGGAUGCAAGCCUGUUGAACGCAUGGACAUUGUGGGUGGAUCCGCAUCAGCAAGCCCGUGCUCAUCUUAUCACCCAAGCCCUUGUGCUUCCUACAACCCCAGCCCAGCCUCCUCUUCCUUCCCUAGCCCAGCUUCAUCAUCGUAUGCUGCUAAUCCCAAUGCUGAUGGCAAUUCCCUCAUACCAUGGCUCAAAAAUCUCUCAUCUGCAUCCUCAUCAGCCUCUUCCUCCAAGCUUCCCCAUCUAUACAUCCAUAGUGGCUCCAUCAGUGCUCCAGUUACUCCUCCAUUGAGCUCUCCAACUGCUCGGACUCCCCGAAUCAAAACCGACUGGGACGACCAAUCUGCUCGCCCUGGAUGGGCUGGAGCCCACUACUCCUUCCUGCCCUCUUCGACACCACCAAGCCCUGGCCGUCAGAUCCUUCCUGAUUCAGAAUGGUUUGCUGGGAUUCGAAUCCCUCAAGGUGGGCCAACUUCUCCCACAUUCAGCCUUGUCUCUUCAAACCCAUUUGGCUUCAAGGAAGAAACGCUUGCCAGUGCCAGUGGUUCUCGCAUGUGGACUCCAGGGCAAAGUGGAACAUGCUCACCUGCAAUUGCAGCAGGCUCUGAUCAUACUGCAGAUGUUCCAAUGUCUGAAGUAAUUUCAGAUGAGUUUGCAUUUGGAUGUAACACAGUGGGACUAGUGAAGCCAUGGGAAGGAGAGAGGAUCCAUGAGGAGUGUGGCUCAGAUGAUCUAGAGCUCACUCUUGGGAGCUCGAGGACCAGAUAAGGGAUUGAAUAAGUGAAAAAGCUCAAUGCUAUCCAUCUCUCUCUCUCUCUCUCUGAAAAAGAGAGUCCAUAUUUAUGAUGUUCCAGAAAAGAGUAACAGAGGGGAUUCAAGGUGAGUUCGGGAGUUGUUCUCCCUUCCUUUUUUUUUUCCUUUCCUUUUUUUUAAUUUAUUUUUGAAUCAUAUAUAGUCCUUCAAAGUGUGGGGUGGUUUCACAACCCUUUCAUGUGUUCUCUUUCCUAUUUUUAAUCCAAAUUUUAUUGAAAGAACUGAUAUACAUGUAUGGAUUGGCUGCCUUUGUUGCCCGGUUUGCCUUUGAAAGUAAUUGUCAACAACUCUAGUGAAUUGGAAUGUACCCCAAUGGCUAAACCUUUUGUCAAAUUUGGAUAGAGUAGACUUCCUUUACCA